UGCGUUUCCUGUAAUAAAUCCUUCAAGAAGCUCUGGUCCCUCCAUGAACAUAUCAAGAUCAUCCACGGAUAUGCAGAAAAGAAAUUCUCUUGUGAGAUCUGUGAAAAAAAGUUCUACACCAUGGCCCACGUGCGGAAACACAUGGUUGCACACACCAAGGACAUGCCAUUUACAUGUGAAACCUGUGGAAAAUCCUUCAAGCGCAGUAUGUCCCUGAAAGUCCAUUCCCUACAGCACUCUGGAGAGAAACCUUUCAGAUGUGAGAACUGUGAUGAGAGGUUUCAGUACAAGUACCAGCUGCGCUCCCACAUGAGCAUCCACAUCGGGCACAAACAGUUCAUGUGCCAGUGGUGUGGCAAAGAUUUCAACAUGAAACAGUACUUUGAUGAGCACAUGAAGACACACACUGGAGAGAAGCCCUUUAUCUGUGAAAUCUGUGGCAAGAGCUUCACCAGCAGGCCCAACAUGAAGCGGCACCGGCGGACGCACACGGGGGAGAAGCCCUACCCCUGCGACGUCUGCGGCCAGCGCUUCCGCUUCUCCAACAUGCUCAAGGCCCACAAGGAGAAGUGCUUCCGUGUCACCAGCCCCGUCAACGCCUCUGCUGCUGCCCAGAUCUCCCUCUCCACAGCUCCUCCUGCCACCACGGUCCCUGCCGUAGUGAACGCCCCCACCGCCCCGGCUCCCCCCAUCAACCUGAACCCCGUCAGCGCGCUUCCCCCGCGCCCCAUCCCUCACCCCUAUACACCCUCACCUCCAUCCCACCUUCACCUCCAUCCCCCUCCUCACCACCCCCAUCACAUCCCCGUCCCCCCGGUCCCUCAUUUACCCCCUCCUCCAGCUCUUUUUAAGAGCGAGCCUUUAAAUCACAGAGGCCAGAGUGAGGACAGUUUUCUGCGACACCUGGCAGAAAAAAACAGUUCAGCACAGCACCACUAACAUCUUUGCUUCCUGCCAGCUCUUUUCCCACUUUAUGCACAUGGAAACGUGCCCUCGUGGAAAAGUACAGAGGGUUAGUUGGUGAGGAUCUUUGUCUUUCUCUUAGCCCCAGCAGAAGGUCCUAAUUUUUCUCCUUGAAUCAGUUAACAAACAAGGAAAUCCUGUUUUGGAUCAGCAGCGCUCGUUUGAAGCUGGGAACCAACAGGACUGAGACCCAAUUUGCUUGUGUUUUUCCUGGUGACUUUUCUAAAUUUCAGAUCCUGAGACUUGUGGAAUUUUAUAAUUUCAUAUCAGCUGAUGAGGUAUGCUUGCUUUUAUAUCCUGGACUUCUCCUCAAAGAGGAGACAGGCCUGGUUUUCUUUGUACUAAUCGGAAAGGCUGUGAGAUUAAUACAGAGCAUUAAUUGUAUCACUGUGUAUUGUAAUGGAUUCUUUUCAGCUUUUUGGUGCUGGCUCUGGAGUGAGCCAGCCACGUAUCACAGUAUAUCUGAGCAUUAUAAAGAAAGACAAAAAAAUGUCUUGUUUGUGUAGCUCUCCUAACACACUCUUUAUUUUACUACAGAAAUUAUUUUAGAGUUUUUUGUAUAGACCUAUUUAGUAGUCUGUUUUUAAAAUGAAAUGUAUUUCAAUAAGCGGUGUAAUUUUUUCAGUGUAGCUGGACCUAUGUUGUAUAAUAGAUAAAUUUUUAUAAUCAUCCAAAUGUGAUUCUUAAAAGAUGCAUAUAGCUUCUAUAGUUAAAGUUAUUUCUUACAACUGUACAACUUUAAAAGGUGCUUCAGAGAAGAAAGGAACCCAAGAGGUCUCUGGAAAGGUUGCCUCAAAAGUGAUGUUGAUUUCAGAACUUUAACUUAU